AUGGCUUCCGACCUCGAAGGUAUUAAGACUCCGUCAAAGUGCACGGCAGACUUUUGUCUCAUUCCGAUCGGCACUCCGACCGCUUCCGUGUCGGCUCAAAUAGCAGAUGUUCAACGACUGAUGAAGACGAGCGGACUGAAAUACAGUAUGCAUUCGGCGGGCACCACGGUUGAAGGAUCCUGGGCAGAUGUUACCCGUGUCAUUGGGCAGGCUCAUACACUCCUACACGAAAAGGGCAUUGUACGGAUUCAGACGGAUAUCCGCAUUGGAAGUCGGACAGACAAGGCACAGACCAUGGAGGAUAAGGUCGCUGCUGUGGAGAAACUACUUGCAAGUGAUCAGUGA